AUGUUGGGCUUCAGGAUGGACUUCAGCAUGCUCCUGGAGCCUCUAGGCUUUGUUAAGGUCCUUGAAUGGGUUCUUGCCAUCUUUGCUUUUACCACAUGUGGAGGCUUUCAAGGUGAAACUGCUCUUUUAGUUUCCUGCGAAGGUGUGGUAAACAAAACAAUUACAGCUUCUUUUGCUUAUCCAUUCAGGUUGAAUACUGUUGUAUUUAGUGCACCAGACCCAAAAGGCUGUGGUGGUACUUGGACUGAUGUUUACCUCAUGGGCAACUUCUCCUCUUCUGCUCAGCUCUUUGUUACAUUGGCAGCGUUGGUGUUCCUCUACUGUAUUACUGCCCUUGUGGUUUAUGUUGGAUAUAACCACGUGUAUCAGCAAAAUAACAAAUUUCCACUAACUGACUUGGCAAUCAGUGUCUUGACAGCCUUUUUGUGGCUGGUCAGUACUUUUGUUUGGGCAAAGGCGCUUGCUGACAUCAAGGUGUCCACAGGAGCCAGCAUUAUUCCAGGAAUUGAUUCUUGCAAAGCACCAGGAACAACUUGCCAUUUUCUUUCUGUGACCAACAUGGGAGUUCUGAAUGUGUCUGUGGUGUUUGGCUUGCUUAAUAUGAUUUUAUGGGCAGGAAAUGCUUGGCUGAUAUACAAGGACACCAACUUGCACAACCAAUGGAAGAGAAUUUCUGAAAGUCCAACUGAAAGGGUAUAA